AUGCAACGAGGAACCGUACUCCUUGCCCUUUUUUUGGCGUUUGCCUCAUGCCUCUGCCACGUCGGUGCGGCCCAACCCGGUACCACGCGUGAGAACAACACGGCAAGCGCACGAGCCCUACUACAGGGCCAUACGCCCCAGCAUCUUGGCACGUCACCGCAAAGCAACGAAGGACAACUACACGUACCCGAACACACGCGCGUAGGGGCAGGGUACAAUAAACUCGAUACAAAUCACACAUCCCUUCGGCACUUCAGUUCAAGCCACCAAAAUACUGCUUCUACCAUGGAUAAAGGCAGUGAGGGCCCUGUAGCAGCAGCACCGAGCUUGAUGUCGACGCCCAAUGGCAAGGCCCCCCAAGACAACAGCACCGAGCUUUGUGGUUGA